CGGCGCAGGCGACGGGCAUCUGGACCCGGGCGCGGAGGGCAGCGCACCGGCUGCGGCGCCCGGCCUGCGGGCGGCACUGCGCCCUUCCCUGCUCCCUGGCCAGUCCCGGGGGUCGCGUCGUGCCCACGCCGCCCCUAAGCCGCGCUUCGGCGGCCCGAUGCUGCGGGCGCCGCGGAGAGGCAGCAGCCGGCUGGGAGCGAGCGGCGGCGGCGGAGUGAGCGCAGCGGGACCCGGGCCGCGGAACCCCACACCGUUUUCGGUCCUUGCGCCUGGGCUUGGCGGGUAAUUCUCCCUGGCUGCUCGCGUCCUUACAAGUGAAGGAGCAGCCCAACCUUUGUCUUGGAUAAUUUCUAGUGGUACAGCGAUUGGGCAGACAGCCUCCUGAAGCUCUGGCACCCCUACCACACUCUUCACCUUAAGGAACAGAAGGCCUGUGGGAAACGGAUUCCUUAAAAGUGCAGGAGAGCCAGCCAUGAGAGGCUACCUCGUGGCUAUCUUCCUGAGUGCUGUCUUCCUCUAUUACGUGCUGCAUUGUAUAUUAUGGGGAACAAAUGUCUAUUGGAUGCCACCUGUGGAAAUGAAACAAAGAAAUCAGGUCCAGCUGUGUUCAUCAAAGCCAGCAUUUGCCUCUCUCCUGAGGUUUCACCAGUUUCACCCUUUUCUUUGUGCAGCUGAUUUUAAAAAGCUUGCUUCCUUGUAUGGUAGCGAUAAGUUUGAUUUGCCCUAUGGGAUAAGGACAUCAGCGGAAUAUUUUCGACUUGCUCUUUCAAAGCUGCAGAGCUGUGACCUCUUUGAUGAGUUUGACAAUGUGCCAUGUAAAAGGUGCGUGGUGGUUGGUAAUGGAGGAGUUUUGAAGAACAAGACGUUAGGAGAAACAAUUGACUCCUAUGAUGUAAUAAUAAGAAUGAAUAAUGGUCCUGUUUUAGGACAUGAAGAGGAAGUUGGGAGAAGAACAACCUUCCGACUUUUUUAUCCAGAAUCUGUUUUUUCAGAUCCCAAACACAAUGAUCCUAACACCACAGCGAUUCUCACUGCUUUUAAGCCGCACGAUUUAAAGUGGCUGUGGGAAUUGUUGACGGGUGGCAAAAUAAACACUAAUGGUUUUUGGAAAAAACCGGCCUUAAACCUGAUCUAUAAACCAUAUCAAAUCAGAAUCUUAGAUCCUUUCAUUAUCAGAACAGCAGCUUAUGAACUGCUUAAUUUCCCAAAAGUGUUUCCCAAAAAUCAGAAACCCAAACACCCGACAACAGGAAUUAUUGCCAUCACCUUGGCCUUUCACAUAUGUCAUGAAGUCCACCUUGCUGGCUUUAGAUACAACUUUUCUGACCUCCAGAGCCCUUUGCACUACUACGGGAAUGCCACCAUGUCCUUGAUGAACAAGAAUGCAUAUCACAACGUGACUGCAGAGCAGCUCUUUUUGAAGGACAUUAUAGAAAAGAACUUUGUAAUCAAUUUGACUCAAGAUUGACCCUACAGACAGAGAAGAUAAUGCUGACAGUAUUAGUUUUAUUUUUAUACUGGCAAUUUAUAGUUUAUUUUAAAAAACGUUGGAUGUACUUGUCAAGAAAUUAUGUAUAUCAAGCCUGUCGCUGCCUGGUGAUUUCAUAACCACCAGCUUAAUUUCUGUAAAUAUAUUUAAUUUAUGAAAACCAACAUAUACUGAAUUACCAUGUCCGGCUAAAGUUGUAAUUGCAUUGUGUUUUUAAAAAUAUUUUAAGUUUUUUUUCAUUUUAGACUUUUGAAAAGAUGUGACUUCCUAAUAAGGGGACUUAAGUUGACGGCAACAAAUUUGAAUGCAAAAUGACAUAUUUGGCUACUAUAAAAUGGUGAGGAAUUGGCAUGUGGUUGUGCUUUGAUGUGGCAAACUGGAAGCACGCCAGGUCUAUAUCUGGCUGACUUUAGUGUCUUUUUGUUCUAAUUAAGGAACAUGAAGUUUAAACCAGCUCUGAAUACAGCAGAGUGGACGGUUAUAGAAAUCUAAGGUCAGACUGGUAUAAUUAGGCUCCCCCCUUGCGAUUAAGUAAAUCACGAUUAUGAUGAGUAAUUAGGUAGAAUGAAGAUGGAAUUUUUUGUUUUUAAGUUUAUCUAGACGAGUAACCAAAGAGUGUAAUUACUAAAGUCUGGUGACUGCAUUAUGUUGAAGAAAUUUUUUAAAAAGUUUAUACAAAGAAAGCUGAGUAAGACAUGCUCAAGGAGAAAAUUCUUAAACUUUGUUUUGCCUGGUUUAAUUCAUUAACUUUUAAAACUUUAUUAUUUGAAGUUAAUUAGGAAAGAUGAAAAAGACACAAGUAAAUCUGUAGGAAGAGUCAAGGUGUUCUUGGAUUUAGGUGGUAUUUUCAUCUCUCAUCUUCACAUGGAAAGCGCACCUGACUAGGGUACUCCAGUGAAGAAUGCUACGGAUGCAAAGAAGCCAGUCCUACAACUGUGGUGAGCUGGUCUCCCUUUCCAUAAUGAAUAUAACUAACGGCUACGCUGGGGUAGGGUAAGUGGUGAAGGAGAAAGGAAGAGAACAGAAGGUAUAAGAAUGAUGGAAUAAAAAGCUAUCAAAAGAGGUAUGAGUUGAAGAAUUAGUACCUUUUUAAAAAAUAUAUAUUUUUAUUGAUUUCAGAGAGGAAGGGUGAGGGACAUAGAAACAUCAAUGAUGAGAGAGAAUCAUUGAUUGGCCGCCUCCUAUUGGGACCUCAGCCUGCAACCUGGGCAUGUGCCCUGACAGGGAAUUGAACCUUUGACCUCCUGGUUCAUAGGUCGAUGCUCAACCACUGAGCUACGACCAGGCAAGAAUUAGUAUCUUUUGAAUAAUUACCACUGGGAGACAUUGAUGUCACUGAAAAUCAACCUGCCUCUCUAAAGAAAGUGUAGAAAGGGUGGAAUAGUAGACCAGAAAUAGGAAUAAAUAAGGUACUUAGAAAGCAGGGAAGGGGGAGAAGUAAAUAUGGAUGAUGUCCUAUUAAUAGCAUACGUUUGCACAGGACCAAUUUCAUCUGAUUCUUCUAAUAACGUUGAGGUGGAAAAGGCAGGAGCCAUCCUAGGCCCCAUGUUCAGUGUCCUUUCCCUGCCACUGCACAGCCAGAGGUUGCAGCUGGAGUAACUCCGGCUUCAAAAAGGAUACUGUGGCUACAGAAAAAAUCAAAGUCAGAACCAAUGGUGGCAUUCCCUAAUGUUACUGUGAAUAGUAUAACACUGGCCAUUAAACUUUCUGACUGAUGUUCAAAUUCAGGAAUCUGGCAUUUUGUGUAGUAUAAGAAAAGGCUAUAAACCUCAAGGUGGUUUUAGUUAAGCCAAAAAAAAAAAAAAAUCUGAGCAAGACACAUAUAUACAAUUUAUUAAAAACACAUGAACACAUUAAAAUCUCACUAUUUAUACAAUCUAAAUUCUAGCAACAUAUACAAAUACUGAGUGACUACAGUACAUGCCGAGGUAAGAAAAGUACAUUCUGGGAGAAUUUCACUGACACUUAAGCCAUUUUUGUUUCCAAUAUGUAUUUCAUUCCGUGUUUUGUUUCCACCCUUCCCAGUGUCAAAAAAAAAAAAGAAAAAAAAAAGAAAAAAGAGAGA